CUCCUGCAGUAAUAUCGGCAUUCGAACGACGCGUGCCUCCGCACUUUCAGCCGGUUUCCCUCGAUCCGUUACCAAUCAACCGAGUUCAUCUCACCUCACACAGGCCUCUAUCGUCAUCCCCGCAGAGACGGCUGCUAGACACCUUAUAAAUAAUUAUGGAUAACUCGCAAGCUCAGGCGCAGGCUGCUCAGGCCCAUGCGCAGGCUCAAGUCCAGGCGCAGGCGCAGGCGCAAGGCCCGGCGACUCAGCCCAUGGUGCCGCAGCACUCGAAUUUGAUCCGAACGGAUCAGGUUCAGAAACUCCCUCAUCUCAAUGAUCAGCAAAAAGCUCAGCAUACUCAGUUAGUUCGCAACCUUUGGGAACUUCUCAAUAGUCGUGAUCCGCAGACUUCGGAGUACCAGCAGGCCCAUGCACGGCUCGCCCAGAUUUCGCAGACCCUCAUGAAAGGCAUGCGCGCCUUCCAACAAAGUCGCCAGCUACAGCAUCAGCAGAUGCAAGGAACCAACCCUGCACAGCCGGGUCAACCGGGUCAGCAGGGUCAGCCAGGACCACGGCCCCAGUCGGUGAACCCACAGAGCUUCAAUCAACUCCUUCCGCAGAUUCAGCAGAAAGUCAACACGCUGCAGUUUUUUCUUCCGCCUAAUAUCAGCAAUGAACAAGCGCAGACGUGGCUGCCCGAAGCCAAACUUCGGUAUGGGAUCGCUCUACAAAAGCAGGAGAUCGGCCGGGUUCGCAUCGCGGAUAUCCGUCAGCAAUUCACCCAACGACAGAGUGCCGGGAAUAUGACACAGGAUGAGGUUCAGGACUUCAAGAAUCGCCAGUUGGCGGCGGAGAAGCUGUAUCGCGAGGGAAGUGACUUCCUCACGAAAUUCAAAGAACAGCAAGAGUCAUUCAAGGCACAGCAACAGAGGGCUGGCGUUCAGCAGCAUGUUUCCGCACAGCAACAUCCUCAGCCAGGAACGGCGCCGGCGCCGGCGCCGACGGGCCCCAGUCCAGCUCCAACAAACGUUCCUGGACAGAUUCACCCCGGACAAGCACCAACCCCUGCCCCACACACCAUUAACUCAGCCGUCAACGCCGCGCGCAAUCAGGCUGGACAGACUGCCAUGUCUCCAUCCACCUCUCAGCCUGGUCAGACACCCACUGUUCCCGGCCCCGGCCCCGCGCCUUCUGUUGGCCCUGUUCCCCAGCAACCACUCAACCAGCAGCCGCCCCUUCCACAGCAAAUCCCACCCCCAGUUCAACAGCAACCAGGACCGCCUGGCUCACAGGUCCCUUUUAAUCCGAUUCCAGGUCCUGGUCCUGACGGCUCCACUCCCACCCCGACGUCUCAGACGAUGAUUCAGGGUCCACCCCGUCCGUUGUCCCAGCAGGCUGCUAUGGCUCAGGCUGCGCAGAACUACUCCAACAACACCCACACCAACAACGUGCCUCAGCAGCAGAACAUGAAUCAAGCGGCUGCCAAUCCUCACGCACACCCUCAAGGUUACAACUCUAAUCGCUCUACCGAGAAUCCGGCACGUACACACACCAUGCCCAUCCCCAAAAACCUGAAUGUGCCUACCCCCGAACCAGUCAACAUGGCACCGGCGCGUCCCACGCUAUCUGGAGGACCUAGCCACGCGGCAGUGGGUGUGAUGAACCAGCCUGCUAUCCAGAAGCAUCCCGGAUACGUCCUUGAAGGAGAGGGUCAGAGAGUGUUAAGCAAGAAGAUGCUGGAUAUCCUGGUUCGUCAAGUCACCGGUGGUGGCGAAGGCGAAGGAUUGACCCCUGAUGCUGAAGAGUUCAUCCUUCAAAUGGCGGACGACUUUGUGGACGAUGUGGUUACUUCUGCAUGUCGGAUUGCGAAAUUGCGACCCUCUUCAACCCUGGAGAUCCGCGAUUUGCAGCUUGUCUUGGAACGUCAGUAUAACAUGCGCAUAUCGGGCUUCUCUACCGACGACCUUCGUACUGUCAAGAAACCUCAGCCUACUCAAGGAUGGACUCAGAAGAUGUCGGCCAUCCAAGCCGCCAAGGUCACCCAAGGCAAGGCGGAGUAAAUGAAUGCAGCAGCAGCACCUCCUACGGUUGAAAGUGUGUGCCACAGUGACUUCAACAGCUCUCACCUUACCUUCCAGCUGGUAUGCGUUGAUUCAGCACUGACCAAGCAAGCCAACCCACGGGGAGCGACUUUACGCCAGGUCGCGCUCUCCUAUUCUUAUCGUUAUUAUAUAA